AUGUCCAAGAUAGACGCAAAAGACAAUGAAAUCAUGGAGCAAAAUCUUCACUACGAAGAAAUGUUGUCUAAGGAGGCACAACUCAAACAAGAUUUGGAAGACGUGAGUGGAUUUGAAGGAUUCAAAAUCAACGCCGAAUAUUCACCCCUUGUGUUCCAGGCUCAAAGUUUGAACAUUAUCCUAAGUGAAGACAAUAAAACACUACAAGAACAGUUGAGUCAACUUCGCUCUGACAUUGAUAAACUCCAGGAACAGCGUGAAACGGCGACACACCAUGAAGAAGAGCUGCAAACGCAGUUGGAUGAGUGUCGACAGCAAACCGUCGCUCAUGAGCAGAAUGUUCAGAAAUUGAAAAGCACAGUCAGAGUGCUGGAAGAGAAAAUUGAAUCGGACACUGAAGAGAUAAGACUCGUACGUGAACAACUAAACCAUCAUCAAAAUUUGUCAAAGGAGAGGAGUAAUGAAUGUAAAGAGUUAGCGCGACAAUUAGAAGAAGUGAGAAGGUGA